CAAACAAACAACAAGAACAACAAAUAACGGUACGGUCGGUCGAAAUAAAUAUAUAUUGUUUUUUUUUUUCUGUUUGCGUAGCAGCAACAAAGUGCGUGCAACUUAUUUACAGUUAGUACAUAUUACUAUUUUUUUUUUCGUGCUUAACUUAAUCAGAAAUUGAAUAAUAAUUAUUAAAAAUCAACGAAAUGAACAACAAACAAACGAACGCUGCCACCGCCUGGGCCACGGCCACGGGCACCGUGCAGUUGCUGGACAGGCCAGCGGUUGCGGGGGCGGCGGCAACGGACAGCAGCACAGCUUGCAACAGCAGCAGCAGCAGCAGCAGCAACAACAAUUGCAACAGUUGCACUUGCAACAUAACCGGCGCCACAUACCGUUAUCAUAGAAGAUUGCAACAGCUGCUGCUCGUCGCGCUGCUCCUCUGCCUGUCCAGCCUGAGCAGCUGCUGGCCCCAAGCGGUCCAGGCGCGCCGCCAUGCGCCGCUCAUGUUCGAGGAGGCCGACACGGCCAGACGCUCCAAUCGACCGGCAGUUACCGAAUGUCAAUUUGGCAAAGUUCUGCGCGAAUUGGGCUCCACUUGGUAUGCGGAUCUGGGACCGCCAUUUGGCGUCAUGUACUGCAUCAAAUGUGAAUGUGUGGCGAUACCCAAAAAGCGUCGCAUCGUUGCACGCGUUCAGUGUCGCAAUAUCAAGAACGAAUGCCCGCCAGCCAAAUGCGAUGAUCCCAUCUCAUUGCCCGGCAAAUGCUGCAAGACCUGUCCCGGCGAUCGUAACGAUACGGAUGUGGCCCUGGAUGUGCCCGUGCCCAGCGAGGAAGAGGAGCGCAACAUGAAACAUUACGCAGCUCUGCUAACGGGCCGGACAUCGUACUUCCUGAAGGGCGAGGAGAUGAAGUCCAUGUACACGACCUACAAUCCGCAGAACGUGGUCGCAACGGCGCGCUUCCUAUUCCACAAGAAGAAUCUAUACUAUUCGUUCUAUACAUCGUCUCGCAUUGGACGACCACGUGCGAUCCAGUUUGUGGACGAUGCGGGCGUCAUUCUGGAGGAGCACCAGCUGGAGACGACGCUGAGCGGCACGCUGAGCGUCUAUCAGAAUGCGACGGGCAAGAUUUGCGGCGUAUGGCGACGCGUGCCGCGCGAUUACAAGCGCAUCCUGCGCGACGAUCGGCUGCACGUCGUCCUGCUGUGGGGCAACAAGCAUCAGGCGGAGCUGGCGCUGGCCGGCAAAAUAGCCAAGUAUACGGCGCUGCAGACGGAACUGUUUAGCUCGCUGCUGGAGCCGCCGGCUCUGGUCGGCGGCAAGCCGGAUCCGCAGCUGGCGGGCGCCGGCGGCACAGCGAUUGUGUCCACCAGCAGCGGCGCGGCCAGCUCUAUGCAUCUGACUCUGGUCUUUAAUGGCAUCUUUGGCGCCGAGGAGUAUGCGGAUGCGGCGCUCAGUGUGCGCAUUGAGCUGCCGGAGCGCAAGGAGCUGAUCUUUGAUGAAGUGCCGCGCGUGCGCAAACCCUCGGCCGAGAUCAAUGUACUGGAGCUAUCCUCGCCCAUUUCCAUACAGAAUCUGCGCCUGAUGUCGCGCGGCAAGCUGCUGCUCACUGUCGAGUCCAAGAAGUAUCCGCAGCUGCGCAUCCAGGGCCACAUUGUGACCCGGGCCAGCUGCGAGAUCUUUCAGACCCUGCUCGCUCCGCCGCACGGCAACGAGCUGAGCACCCGGAGCAGCGGCCUGGCCUGGGUCUAUCUGAACACGGACGGCUCGCUGGCGUACAAUAUUGAGACGGAUCAUGUGAAUACACGGGAUCGGCCCAAUAUCAGCCUGAUCGAGGAGCAGGGCAAACGCAAGGCCAAGCUGGAGGAUCUGACGCCCAGCUUCAAUUUCAAUCAGGCCAUCGGCAGCGUUGAGAAACUCGGACCCAAGGUUCUCGAAUCACUAUAUGCCGGCGAGCUGGGCGUCAAUGUGGCCACCGAGCACGAGGCCAGCCUGAUACGUGGUCGCCUGGUGCCACGCCCCGUUGCCGAUGCACGCGACUCCGCGGAACCAAUCCUGCUGAAGCCGCACGGCGAGCACGCCAGCCCGGGCCUGGGCAUGGGCAUGGCCUGGAUGUCCAUCGAUAACGAAUGCAAUCUGCACUACGAACUGACGCUGAGCGGCAUGCCCAACGCUGGCCAGGAUCUGCAGCUAUAUCUGGAGGAGAAGCCCAUCGAGGCAAUUGGCGCGCCCGUCACACGCAAGCUGCUCGAGGAGUUCAACGGCGCCUACAUGGAGGGCUUUGUGCUGGGCAUGCCCUCGGCGGAGCUGAUCAAGCUGGAGACGAGCGUCUGCUAUCUGGAGCUGCACGCCAAGCACAGCCAUCAGCUGUUGCUGCGCGGCAAGCUCAAGUCGACGAAGGUGCCCGCCCAUUGUUUUCCCAUCUAUACGGACAAUAAUGUGCCCGUGCCGGGCGAUCAUAACGAUAACCAAAUGCUGACGGCCGAGAGCAAGUGCUUCCAUUCCGGCCGCUUCUACAACGAAUCCGAGCAAUGGCGCAGCGCCCAGGACACCUGCCACAUGUGCGCCUGCCAGCGUGGCCAGGCCAACUGUGAGUUGAUCAAGUGUCCGGCUCUCAAGUGCAAAACCGGCAGCGAGCAGCUGCUCCAGCGCGACGGUGAAUGCUGUCCCAGCUGUGUGGCCAGACGCGAUGCCGACUGGCAUACGGCGGGCAGCAGCUCCUCCUCCUCCUCCUCUUCCUCCUCCACCGGCUCCGGCUCCGGCUCAGGCUCCUCGCCCGCUUUGAACGCCAGCGAUGUGCUGCAGCAGCGCCGCGGCUGCCGCUUGGGCGAACAGUUCCAUGCCGCAGGCGCCAGCUGGCAUCCGUUCUUGCCGCCCAAUGGCUUUGACACCUGCACCACCUGCAGCUGCGAUGCGCUCACGCUGGAGGUGCGCUGUCCGCGCAUGGUCUGCCCGCCGCUGCAGUGCAGCGAGAAGCUUGCCUAUCGCCCCGACAAGAAGGCCUGCUGCAAGGUCUGCCCCGAGGGCAAGCAGAGCAAUCACGGCCAGAGCGGCAAGCAUACGCCCAGUAAUCCCAACGUGCUGCUCGAUCAGGCCGUACAGCGUACCGCCGCCCACAAUGCCGAGGAGGUGCUGGCCGCGGGCGGUUGCAAGGUCGUCAACAAGAUCUACGAGAACGGACAGGAAUGGCAUCCGAUCCUGAUGUCGCACGGCGAGCAGAAGUGCAUCAAAUGCCGCUGCAAGGACUCGAAGGUCAACUGCGAUCGCAAGCGCUGCUCGCGUUCCACGUGCCAGCAGCAGCAGCAGCAGACGCGCGUCUCCGGCAAGCGUCGCCUCUUUGACAAGCCAACGGCUGGCAGUGAGCUUGGGGGCGUGGCCGGCGCUGCGGCGCCCAUCGACGAGUGCUGCUCGACGCAAUGCCGACGCUCGCGACGUCAUCACAAGCGUCAGCCGCACCAUCAGCAGCGCGCGGCCAGCAGCUGAGCAGCGCAGUCAACGGCGACGGCGACAGCGACAGCGACGCCAGCAGCAGCAGCAGCAGCAACAGCAAAAGCAAAAGCAACAACAGCACAGUUUGUGCUCUCUCAAGAGAGCAAGAGAGCGAGCGACAGCCAUGUAAACUUGUAUUAUAGAACAAAAGGGAAGGAAAGAGAAAGAAAACAAACACACACACACAUACAUGCAUACAUACACACAAAAGCAUACACAGAGAGCGAGCGAGAGAUCGUAGCGUAGCGUUAGACGAAAGGCAGCAAGGAAGCAA